CCCGUGAACUUGACUUCCGACCCCGUCCUCUGUCCGACGACCUCACUAUCAUGCGCCGUGUAAGAUGGAGAGGCCAUUUUACAAUGUUGCCUCAAUAUUUUGUUUUCAUCGUUGAUCUCUUGCUGGCAAUUAUGGGCUACGGUGUCGGUGAUUAAUCCUUCUCAGCAACAGGGUCACAAGAGAGGAAGAGUAGACAAGUUAGAGCUUGCGCAGUGAGAUCAGCGUUCUAAGAGGUUCUGAAUCAAAGGAACAGGACCACUUCUUCAUCAUUAUCUUUGCUAGAUGUGUGUAUAUAUAGACACUUCUUAGGGCUCUGAAUCCUUGUCUCAUCAAAGAGGGAGGAAAUGAGGUUCAUGAAGCUUGGCACCAGACCUGAUACCUUCUUCACCACAGAAGCUAUUAGGUCUGUUUCGUCAGAGGUCUCCACUGACCUCCGAAUCCAGGUGCAGAGAAGUUUGUAUCACCUGCACAAGUUUCCCAUGCUGUCGAAAUGCCUUCGCCUGCAACAGCUCUGCUCCGAGCUCGGGGACGCCGCCGAGCCGGCCGUCAUCCACCUCCCGGACUUCCCCGGCGGCGCCGAGGCUUUUGAGCUCUGCGCCAAGUUCUGCUACGGCAUCACCGUCACUCUCAGCCCCCUCAACCUCGUGCCCGUCUGGUGCGCCGCCUGCUACCUCCGCAUGAGCGACGAUGCCGACCGGAGCAACCUCCUCGGCAAGCUCGACGUCUUCUUCAGCUCCUGCAUCCUCCAGCGGUGGAAGGACACGCUCGCGACGCUGCGGAGCACGCGGAAGCACGCUCCCCUGUGCGAGGAGCUCGGCGUCACCGGCCGCUGCGUCGACGCCAUCGCCACCGCUAUCAUCUCCAGUUCUACGCUCCCGGGAGCGUCCAGGAACCGGUGGGCCGCCGACCUCAGCGAGCUCGGCGUCGACCAUUACUGGCGGAUCAUGGUGGUCGUGAAAUCCGCCGGAGUCGUCUCCAGCAAGCUCCUCGGCGAGGCGCUGCAGAUCUACGCUGGCAGGUGGCUGGCAACCAUGGUACCAGGCAACGGCCAAGAGGCCACCGGAAAGUCUACGUUGCUAAUGGAGAAGAUUGUCAGCUUGCUGCCAUCCGAGGAAGGCUCUGUUUCGUGUGGUUUCCUUCUCAAGCUUCUCAAAGCCGCAAACUUUCUCCAUGCUUCAGCUCCGGUGAAGACGGAAUUAGCAAGACGAGUAGGAUUACAACUGGAGGAAGCAUCCGUCGAGGAUCUCUUGAUCCCACAGGCAGCGAAUUCCGGCGACACAUUAUACGAUGUCGAUGUGGUGAUGACCAUGCUGGAGGAGUUCCUGCUUCAGGGGCAAAGCCCCGCGACGAGUCCGCCGAGGGAGGAGAAGCUCAGGCGCCAACGGAGGCAGUCUCGGUCGGCCGAUAAGGUGGAGUUUGAGGUGCAUGAGAACGGCCGGCGAUCUUCUUCGUCCUCCCACAGCUCCAAGCUCCGAGUGGGCAAGCUCAUAGACAGCUACCUCCAAGAAAUCGCCGAGGACAAGAACUUGCCCAUGGAGAAGCUCAUUGCCAUCGCAGAAGCUGUCCCAGACUUUGCCAGGACCGACCACGACGACCUUUACAGAGUCAUCGACAUCUACCUCAGGUCGCACCCAGAGCUCGACAAGAACUCAAGGAAGCACUUGUGCAGAAUGUUAGACUGCAAGAAGCUCACAGUCGAGGCCUGCAUGCACGCGGCACAGAACGAGCUCCUCCCUCUCCGGGUGGUGCUGCAGGUGCUGUUCUUCGAGCAGUCCCGUGCCGCCAUGUCAGGCUUCCAGGUCACAGAGUUGGCCAACAACAUCAAGGCGCUGCUGGCGAAGACAGGCACCGGAGGAGACGCAGGAAGCAGAGAGGUUCUGAAGCUUCACCACAUCGGCGCUGCUUCUCCCUCGCAAGAUGGCUGGAGCAUCUCGAGAUUGAAACGCCCUGCCGCGAAGCUCCAAGCCCUCGAGCUGAAGCUCGAGGAGGAGAAUGGCAUCGACGACGGCGGCCUAAUUCCCGGCGAAGCUCUCUUGAGGACCCCUUCUUCGCGGCUCAAGGCCUUGUGCUCACUUCCUAGGAAUCCCAAGAAGAUCAUCGCCAAAUUGUUGGGUCUGAACAGAAGUGCAAACGAGAGGAAUUAAUUGAUCAAUUUCAUACAAAAUUUUUCUGUGCCAAGGCCGUGCUGCUUCUGCUUUGUUUAUCAUAAUU